GCAGGCGCUGAUUAACGGCCCCCUUCCGUGUCUCACCUGAUCUUCCAGGAGUUUCCAGCUCUCACGUGUGUGCGUGGUUUUGAAGCAGCAUUAAAGCUGCUCAGGGCAAGAGGAUUUAAAAGCCCCCUCGGAAAGAGCUGAUGAGAGCUUGUUGCUUGUUCGACCGGAGGACUAAGGGGCUUUAAUGAAGACAGACCACGCUCUGGAAAUGGUGCAAUUUCAGGUUUCAGAGAAGGCAGCUUGGGAGAGCCGCUGCCGCCUUCACCUCCUCCUUCCUCCCUUAUUCUGCUAAGGAGAACCGAGGUAGCGGGAAAGGACAGUGUAAGCGCUCGAGGGGAGAAGCCAAACAUUAGCCUGACCCGGGUCCUUGGAAAGCAACUGACAACAGGAAGGAAGCUUAUUAACCCCUCUGCUCCCCCUCCCUUUUCCCGGGGUGAGAAUCGGCUCCUCCUCCCGGGCGUGCGACCCCGGGGUAAAAUGCAAGCGGCCGCCUGCUUUCCGCACCCUGCGCGCGGCGCCCGGCGGAGGAAGAGGCAGGCGGCGAGGGCGCCGCCCCAAACCGCGUGGAGUGAGUUCGUCUCUCCGGCGUGAACCUCCCGAGCGAGACGGCCUGGACCCCGCGACCGUCGCGCCGGCUGGGCACCGCAGGCGCCUCAUUUCCCGGCCUCUCUUCGGAGCUGGCACUCUGCACCCCAACCCAUAGCCUAAUCCCCCUCAACACCACGGCGCCACCAACCCCCGUGCCUCGCGCAGGUGGCGCAAACGCCCCCGCCCUCGGGCGCCCCCUGCCGGGGAGAGGGAAGGCGGCGGCGGGCGCGGAGGAGCCGGGCGCAGGGCGGGGAGAGAGCUCCGGCGCCGGGAAGAAGCCGGGAGCUUCCCUGAUGGUGCCGCCGCCUCCGAGCCGGGGAGGAGCGGCGAGGGGGCAGCUGGGCAAGGGCCUGGGUCCGCUUCUGCUGCUCCUGGCGCUGGGACACACGUGGAGCUACCGAGAGGAGCCCGAGGACGGCGACAGAGAAAUCUGCUCGGAAAACAAAAUCGCCACGACCACGUACCCGUGUCUGAAGCCUUCGGGCGAGCUCACUACGUGCUUCAGGAGGAAGUGCUGCAAAGGGUAUAAAUUUGUCCUUGGACAAUGCAUCCCAGAAGAUUAUGAUGUAUGUGCUGAGGCUCCCUGUGAACAGCAGUGCACAGAUAACUUCGGCCGAGUGCUGUGUACGUGUUACCCAGGAUACCGAUAUGACCGGGAGAGGCACCGGAGGCGGGAGAAGCCGUACUGUCUGGAUAUCGACGAGUGUGCCACCAGUAACGAAACGCUGUGUGCACACAUCUGCAUCAACACCUUGGGCAGCUACCGCUGUGAGUGCCGGGAGGGCUACAUCCAGGAGGACGACGGGAGGACGUGCACCAAGGGGGACAAAUACCCCAACGACACUGGUGAGCAGGGGCACGAUGAGAAGGCGAAGAACGCAGUGAGAGCCGGCACCUGCUGUGCCACGUGCAAGGAGUUUCACCAGAUGAAGCAGACGGUCCUGCAGCUGAAGCAGAAGAUUGCCCUGCUCCCCAACAGCGCUGCGGACCUGGGCAAGUACAUCACUGGUGACAAGGUGCUGGCCUCAAACGCCUACAUUCCAGGACCUCCUGGCCUGCCUGGGGGUCAGGGCCCCCCCGGCUCACCAGGACCAAAGGGGAGCCCAGGCUUCCCAGGUAUUCCAGGUCCCCCCGGGCAGCCCGGCCCGCGGGGCUCAAUGGGACCCAUGGGACCAUCUCCUGAUCUGUCCCACAUUAAGCAAGGCCGGAGGGGCCCUGUGGGUCCACCAGGUGCCCCAGGCAGAGAUGGUUCUAAGGGGGAAAGAGGAGCGCCUGGCCCCAGAGGGUCUCCAGUAAGUAGCACCGCCUGUCCUGCUUCCCCAGUGCAACGUGCUCAGGGCUGCAGCUCUGAUGCACCUGGACCCCCUGGUUCCUUUGACUUCCUGCUGCUUAUGCUGGCGGACAUCCGCAACGACAUCGCCGAGCUGCAGGAAAAGGUGUUCGGGCACCGGACUCACUCUUCAGCAGAGGAGUUCCCGUUACCUCAGGAAUUUUCCACCUCUCCAGAGACCAUGGACUUCGGCUCUGGAGAUGACAACCCCAAAAGAACCGAGACCAGAGACUUGGGAACCCACAGAGACUUCUAUCCUUAGCACACGCCGACAUCUUCACGCCAAAGGAAGAGAAGUGUUCGCCUGCAGUGAAAUCAUCCAAAGAACAGAACAAAACACCACUGGAGACCUAGAAACGAUACGUUCUUUUUUUUUUAACUCUUUUCCUUUCUUCUCUGUACUUCUCUUAUUCCAAACACUAUUUUCAGGCUAGACAUACUAAAGACAAGAGGGAGAAAAUGAUUGAUUUACGUGCUUCCCCUGGAGAAUCUGCAGUGGAACUUUUCUUUGACUUCCUUAUUUUCCAGGGACUUCUGAUUUCUGAAUUAGGUACUCUCACAGUGUCUUAAAAUUUGGCAGACUAUCAAAAAGGGGGAAAUGGCAAGGUGAGUUCUAAGAAAAUGUGAGUUUACUUAUUAAAAAUAAUAGAUAUGUGUCCAAAAUAGACUAUUACUCCUCAGUGUCAAAAUUAAAUCAAAUUAAUUAAGUCAAAUUAAAUCAAAAUUUUCAGUGAAAAGGGGGAGAUGACAAUGUAUAUUUAUCUUGGUGGAUAAUUCUUUUUCCUUGUCAAUCUAACAGAGUUAAAAUAUCCUGUCCUCUUAUCCAACCUUGUUUCCUAAUUUUGAUUAAAGAAAGGAGAGAAGGAGUGGAGAUUAGAAAAGAUGGAGAAAAAUUACAGUCCCAUAUUGACUGUCCUAUAAGCUGCCACAUAUUAACACUCAGAUGUGACAGUUAAGGGUUCAUACCACGCUUAUCUAUAACUAUCCUAUUUGAAGAAGAAAAUUACUGUAGCUGUAGGAAUAAAUUCUAUUUUCAAGACAAAAAGUAAGUGAAUGCAGUGCCCUGGUUCACAUUAGAACAGCGGGCUCCCGGUUUGCCAGGACAUUUUAAAGCUAUCUGAUCGAAUGAGUGAGCUUGCUUAGUAAACCAUAGAUUAUUUGUUAAAUAAAGGUAACCGACCCUUAGGGAGAGGUGCCGAAUUCCCUGGCUGUGACCGGGUGCCCGCCAGGUGCCAUUAGGCUGUGAUCCAGGUUGAAUCGGUGUAACAGUGGCGCUCAGGCUGGAAGGAGGCUGCCGGCUCGGGUUGUUGGCCAUGGGGCAGGAGAACCUUGGGCAGGGGACCUGCUGCGUCACAGAGGCAGGUAAACUUGCUGUCUGUGGGAAUUAGAAGCCCUUGUCAGGGGCCAGCCAAGCUGGCCAGCGUGUUGAGACUAACACAUAAUUGAAAGAUCUCUUGGAUGUGGGAGGGGAAAAAACAACAGUCUUCCUCGUUGGCUAAAAACUUCCUCCCCGUUUUUCCUUAAUUUUCCAUAAUUUAGUCCAAGUUCCAGUUCUUGCAGGUCUUCUUGAUUUCCCUUCCUCGGCAAACACAGGAAGCAGCUAGAAAAGUAUAUUCCCAAACCUCCCCUGGAGUCAGUGUCUGCUCUUACACUUCUGGGUCCCAGAAGGACACACAUUCCGGAAAAGGCUUUCUCUGGAACCACAGGAGCACCAGUGCUCAAGGGAGGGGCAGGAGCGUCUGCUACUUUGUAAUAUUGUUGGGGAACCUCUUGGUUUUAAUGGGCAGCUUACAGGCUCCUUCAGGUUCACUUUGUUAUUUGACACCCAGAAUGAUGUUUCAUCGACCUGUUCAGGAGACCUUUGCCCUUAUAUUGAGCUUCACAAAGGACCACUGUUACAACUUUUCUUUGCUCAUGUUCCCAUUUCCCACCCUGCAGUGUCCCCAUGACUUUCUGGGCAGUUUGUGUUUAAUUUUCUUUUUCCAUCUCCUUUUAGCCUACAUCAUUUCACUCUCCUGGGAGAGCUUGUUUAAAGACAAGCACUGUGGGUGUUUAUACUGCCACUUUUCAGUCUUUCUUCAGAACGAUAGGAAGGGCUUGUGUUUGCAAAUCUCAAGUGACACCAACCAUCCUUCUCUCGUCCCCAUCCUGUUAGAAACACAGGGCUCCAGUCAGCCAGCCGGAGGCUGAGUUUUUCACCAACACUUGACUCCGCUGUUUCUUACUCACGCAAAGUCCCCGGUGACUGUCCACCAAAAUGUUACAGCUGAAAGCAAACGCAUCCUCGGUGCUCCUUUUCUAGGAUCUUUCCUGCCCCCCUUCAGCCUCUCCGGAAUCUAAUCUUCACAGCAGAAGCCCUCGCCAGCCACGGGUUCGCAGCGAUGAACUGAGCAGAUGUUGAUUCCCAUCUGGUAUAUAUAUUUAACGUUUGCCUGCUUGUGGAACGCAGUAUUUAAAGUGUGUGGAUGGCCGAAUGCUAAAAAAAAAAAAAAUCAUGCACAGGCUCUAUGAGAAAUGAUGAGGUUCAUCUUUGAUUUUUUUUUUUAAUGAAGAAUUUCAGUACCUUUUUAACAAUGAACUGCACGUAGAAAUAGAAUUUUCUUCUCUGUUGUUGAGUACUCAUAAAAUGCAACGAAAUUGCACGUUUAGCCAGAGGCUAGGGUAAUAUAUUAACAGAAUGAAUGGAAGCUGGUAAUAUCUGGGAUUUGUGAGACAAUUCUGGAUAAGAUUUUCUAAACAAAACGCACAGUAACCUGUAUUUUAUCAUCUCAAUCUGCUGGAUCAGGUCAACUUAUAAAAUAAUUAUUUAUCCUCAGAUUUUCAAAACUUGGACUACUACCGUAGGACUAAGUAUGUACUCUGUAUGCCCAAAUUAUAUUUUUCAAAGAUAAGACAUAAUAAGGCAUUGUUAUUCCUAAUGUGUCUUUUAGCUAUGGGUGGAAAACCAAAGCUUCACUGUCUAAACAGGACUUUUGCUUAGAACCUAAUGGAAAAGGCUUUUGGGGGCAAGGGGCAUAAAAUUUGCUAGUUUUGGUAAUCCACUUCAUGUGUCAUGGGGAAGAAAGGUCUUUGUACACUCCUCAAUUCUUUCCCAGAAAUGCUGACUUCAAUUUUUUGCAGCCUGAUAACUAGAACUUAGAAUAGGACUUCAUAGAUUGCUUCUGUUUUGGAAAGCAAUGGGCAUAAAACUCUCCUGUUGAAAAUAGUGCAAGGAGGGGAUACAUUUUAGUUUAAGAAAAUCCUCCUCCCUUUCCAAUUCCACAGGGAGAAGUUAUCAGCGUUAUGAUGCCAAAGCCUAUGGGGAUACAAAGGGAAUGCUGUCUUGUCUCUCCUUCUGUAUUAAUUCUAACACCUGCCACAGAAUGAAUUGGUCAGCUAAAGUCAUUUCUACCGUAUAAACUCAGGCAAGUGUGUUCCUAGCCGAACAGGUAAAUAACAAAUGCACAUUGGCAUCCAGGGGUCGGGGGUUUGUUACUCCACCAGAUACCAGGUGAAGGGCCCCCUGGUUCUGGCCAUGCUCCCUUUCUAGGGUUCAUACUACUGUCGGCCUCGUGAGGCCUGCUGCCAGGCGUGCAGGGGGAGGAUAUUCUUUGUGAGUAGGCGCCAGGCAUCUCCUUGGGGUGACAGCAAAUCCCUCCUCAUACUUCGAGUGUCCCUCGCCCUCUCCCCACUCCAGCCUGUCACAGAGCAGCCUCACUGUAUCACCUUAACGUCUUUCUGAUAACCUUUCCUGAAAGGAAAUUUAUUUGCAGGAAUCCAGGCCAAACAACUAGAAGAACAGAGCCAUGUAAAGUUAUUAAUAAUGAGUUCAGGAAAUAGAUGAAAUUAUUCCUGGCACCAUCAGCAUGUAUGUUUCACAACAAAUCAAAAAAUAAUUUUCCAUUUGAGGAAAAAACACAAACAUGACCGUAAUUGUUAACGCAUAAAACCUUGGACUUCACAUGCUCCUGCAACAAAUAUUACUGCUUUAGGGAUAUAGAAAAAAGACCCUUUUACACAUUCCCCAGGGACCUCAGCGUUCUUUAUGAGAUCCCCAAAGCAAGCACCCAGGGGAAUUCCACGUGUGUCUUGACUAUUUUUAUUUCCAGUGGCUAGUCAUAUACUUCAGUAGCUAUGUUCAUUAUUUAUAACGGGUUCAUAUAACAGUUGAGCUAGUAUUCAAUUAUGGAUGUGAUGCUAUGAAAUACUUUUGAUAAGAUUAUAUAUGCCUAAUAACAAAGUUAUUUUUCUUAUGUGGUUGUAUUGUGUUUUAUCCUGAUGCUCAGUCCUGAAGAAGUAGUCUGUUUAUCAGAUGAAUACGAGGUGAUGGAGAGAGAUGUUUCCCUGAGGAGCCAGAAUCUGCCUUCCGGGUGGGCCGCCUCCUGGGGGAGUGUGGUCCCAACAUUGGAGUCUGAGUCAAGGUCUGAGGGCCCAGCUUCCACUGAAGCUGAGUCUCAGAGGCCCAUGUCCCCAGCUGGGGGGAAUCCUCUGGGACCCCCCUGGUGGGGUUUUCAAACCAGAAGCUCUCUGGGGACCACUGGAGAUGCCUUAGGGGGCGGCUUGUGAGGGCUCCACACCCGCCGCAAUUCCCACUGCACCGUGAGCAACUCAGCCUUCAAUUGGAUUUGGAUUAGGAUUCCACGUAAGUUUUCCUUUAGAAGGGAAAAAAAGUUGACGACCUAAAAAAAGAGGUUACAGUAGAGUUGGGGGAGAGAAAGAAAGCCCCAUGAUUUGGUAGCUAAAGUUCCCUUAUGUGAAGAUUAAGAGGAAGGGACUUUUCAUCAGUUGGGCCACACGAGAGAUGGAGUUAUGUAAUAAAAAGGGAGGUUACUUCUAAGAGCUGUACAGCACUCUUCAGCAGGGUGACUUCAGCAUCCCAAAGUUAAUUUGUGUUUACACAUCUCACUUUCCUCUAGCAAAUAGUUAUCGAAUGCUUGCUGCCAGCUGCACACCGCACUUUGCACAGCAGACACAGGGGAGCAAAAAGUCAUAAUCCCCAUCCUCCUGGGGAUUUGUGGCAAAACAGACACGGAUCCUUCCAGGCAAAAUAAAUUAAUUACGUAAAUUU